CGACGCAAGCAGAGUCUUUGUCUUCUUUCUGCUUCCUUCUCUUUGCUCUGUUCAGUUUAUUUUUUCCCCGAAGGAGUGGCGCGUGGAUUUAUUAUAGUCCGCAACGGACCCCAAAGAAAUAAUACAAAAUAUAUAUCAAAACUAAUAUUCUAGUCAAAUGCAAAUCGCAAGUUUUCAACAUACCCAAAGAGCUUUCGUGUAAUGUCAAGUCGUAAUGAAUAUUUUUUACGUUCCUUGCCACAAGUCACAUUUGAAGGAUAUUUACUAAUUUUCCCCAAAAAAUGUUAACCGAUAAAUUCUAGAAGAAUUUGGAAUCCCUAUUUAAAUUACGAGAGGCUCUGGACGAUAAAAAAUAUUUAUAUUUCAUGCAUUUAUGGUAGUAUCGAUAUUCGGGUAUUUAUUUGUAACUGUAGUACAAUUGCAUAAUAAUUCGCACCAUCGUGCUGGGCGCAGGAGGAUGCAAUUAGGCGUGUGACAAUUGACAAUUUUUUUUUUACACGUAUUAAUGUCGACCGAUUGAGUUACACGGUUCAGCUAUAAUUCGCUUCGACAAAAUUGCCUAUCGAUCACGGGCAACGUUAAAACGUCAGUUUCAAUGCAUCGUAAUCAUAUUAUUAUAUAUUGCAAUUUAUAAAUGCAUUUAUUCAUAGCUUGAUCAAUUUUACUCGAUUCUGUUUACACUUACUCUCCGCGACAGUAAUGGAUCUUGGUAAUAUUUGUGACCGGGCGAUAAAGCACGUUAUGAAAAAUACGUAUCAUUAGUAAAGCGUGAAUAAGUAAGAAACAGCAGUUUUCAUCAGUUACAGUUUGUCCUUGUAAGAGUGAAUUAUUCCAAGAAAUGCAUGUACGCAAUAUUUGAUUCUUCUUCGAAUUAAAUGAAUAUCGUAAAAAUACUUUGCAGUGCUAAUACAAUAUUAUUAAUUAUAUGCUACGUUAAUACAGUUUUUAAUCGCUGCUCUACGCAAGAACGAAAUUUAGUAUAAUUCAACAAGGACAAGAAUAGUUUGAUAAUUUUAAGUAUAACUUUAAAAAAAAAAAACAGUGAAAUACGUACUGCUUAAAAAAAUGAAGUGAAGUUUUUGUGAAAUCAAACAAAAAUCAAUAAUGAAGAUGCAAGUAACGCGCGAAGACAUUGAUGGCAUCCCUACUCAGUGGUUGCAGACUGUUGCGAAUUAUCUUAUGGGAUUUCGCAAUGAUACGGUGGUGGAUUUUUCUCAGCCUCAUUUAAGACCAUCAGUAAUUGGCAUAUAUCCGCUCUUCAUACUCAUGUAUGCUAUACUAAUUCUGGCAGGAACUUUGAUGAACUUUGCCAUGGUCUAUCAUAUCGUGAAGUAUCGUUUCUACAGAGAUCCAACUUAUGCCUUUCUGAUCAACCUGGCAAUUUCCGAUGUGGUUAAGUGCAUCUUUGUUCUACCUAUGACACUGACUGUUCUUCUUCUGCAGAAUUGGAUAUUCGGCAAAUUUCUUUGCUACUUUCUACCCAUGCUGCAGGACAUUCCACUUCACGUGUCCAUGAUGACCUACCUAAUGAUUGCUGGGGAUAGAUUUCGUUUACUCAGCGAUCCAGGAAAGCCACGAAUACCAGCAUUCGUUUGCGCACUGGGUGCCUGGUUCUUCGCUAUUUGCAUUGUACUCCCAUAUCCAAUCUACACAACGUAUUUAGACUUGGAGAGAUUCAUGAAGCAACACUUCGAAGGGAUGGGGAUUUGCGUGGCGAAUCUGGCGGAUGACAUGCAGGAGUACAUGAGGGGUCUUUUUAUUGGAACAUACGUUGCGCCGCUUACCAUCACUGCUUACCUUUACGUGAAAGCCAGUCGUGAAUUACAGAGUCAAGAAGGUCCAUUGGCUGUUGCCAUGUUCGAAGCUCGUACAGGGGAUGUUUACUCGCGGCAUAGCAGCCAUGCGAGUAAUGACAUCACAUCUGCUCGCGAUGGUAAGAGAGAAAGUGGUAGCGUCUGCACAGGCGGUACAGUCGGUUUGCCUGGCUUGACAGCAGCUUACGAUCUUUACAACGCAGAAUUGGACGUGCGAAAAGAGAAACGUACGCAAAAAUAUUUAAUCUUCAUGGUAUCGGUCUACGCUAUAUGCCUGUGUCCAUUAAUGGUGCUGCGACUGGCAAAGUUGGCACUAAUGGAAACGUACGAGAAUAGCGGCCACUUCGACAUCACUUUCACGAUGUUCGUUUGGGUUGCUUUUAUGCCGACAGUCACGACGCCAGCUCUUUACGCAUCCUGGCAGAUGAGCAGAUCAGCUAAAGAAAGAUUACGUGGUUACUUUCGAUUUUCCAACAGACGUCUAACACGAGCCUGCGAGGAUGGGGUGCGAAUGGCAGCUAGGCGUACCCCUCGUCGACCUGGGGGUUUAACAAACGUUGCUUAUACGCAACACGCCAGAACUGAAAGUGUCACCGGAAGUAAUGGCGGAGGUGGAAGUUCAAGGGGCAGCGCCAGCCUUCACAGUCCCGAUUUGACACCCAACAGGGUCAUUCUAGUACAGUGAGCUUUUAUCCAGGCAGGUUCGUAGAUCGCGGGAAAUAUAAAUUCUACGAAGGAAUACACUUACAUAUUUUGCGACGUUUCUUGUCGAGAAAUUUUCAGUGAGCCUUGAGCUUCCAUUGUAUCCAGAAAUCGAUGUACCACUUGAAUUGAAAUGAGAUGUCAUUAUUGAACCAGCUGUCAAAUAAUAUUCGUUCAAAAGGAGUUUUGUCCUUGGGGAUGCUAAACUAAAAUCCAUAAUAUAUUGAAACAGUUAUACAAGACCGCAUGGAACUUUUGAUUCAUCCCUCGGAAAUGGAGAUACGUGAUUGGUUCGCUCGAUGAAGUUUGAAGAGAAACAAAGUCAACCCUCGUACGAUCGCAGUCUAAUCUAUUCAUUUCUUAAUAUUACUCGCUAAGUAUAUACAUUAAGCAUAUAGAUAUUAGAGGAUCGUUAAGUUCGAAGUGGACGGCGAUUCAAAAAUUGUCGUCCUUCAUGGAUGGUUGCUCAAACGCGAAAUGCUAUACGUAUAGAUAAAAUAUUAUUAUCUAGAUAGUGAGGCGUUACAUAUUAUUUUGUGAUAACACUUUUUUAUAAUUUUAUACCCUUAUACUUUUUACCUGUAAAAUUUAAGGUUAAUAAUAUCAUUGUGUACUGCAACUAGUUAUUCACUAAUUAUUGGUUUUCGUGCUUUGUUAUAUUUUCAUUAACUAUUUUUUGUCCUCGUUUCAUUGUCAGCUGCGUUUUCAAUUCAAUUUGUGUUAAUCAAUGGAAAAUGAAAAAAGAGAAGCUGCCGAAUAGACAAGCAUAACAACGUUUCUGAAACGGUAGAAUACUUUCGCUAUUACUUUUCGUCCCCUAAAAAAACUGUUUGCAAGUCGCAAAGUGGCUGAAAUAUAAACCGCAUACUUUUCGUAAUCCGUGCGGGAAAUCAAACCUUUGGAAGUCUCAUGUUUGGAGAUGCAAAUCGAAUACUUUUGGGAAAUAGUAUAUGAUAGGUGUGCAAUAAACUGUAUCACGUAUUACAGAUAUAUUUUAAAAAGUAGAUGUAAACCGAUAUGAAACAUAGUUCGUAUCGUUCGUAUCGUUCGUAUCGUAGAUUUGUUAGCUAUUUACUUCAAUUACUUAAUUAAAUCUAUGUUCUAUCAACAAGUUGUCAAGUUAGGAUUGAGUGAUAUCUUACUUAUGGAGGAUUUUUCAAAAGCACACUUAAAGAUUUGAAUAGCAUAAUUUUUUCAUUAGCAAAAAAUUAUGCACUUCGUGAUUGUUAUUUCGAAAAUCUUGAAAGCCAAAAUACAAACCUAAAGCUCGGAUAUGUCAAUGCAUACAGUACUAUUUUUCUUUGAAAUCUUUCCGUCUACAUUUCUCCAUUCACAAUCUAUAACAGCGUUUAACUUUGAUUUUUAAUUCUUUAGCUGUAUUUAAAAAGCCUGAAAAAAGUGUCACGCAAAGGGAACAGGUAUAAAUAGAUUUAGGCAAUAUAAGUUUUUCUUUCUGACUUUAAAAUUACCAUUUUGUCUUUUUAAUGUUGAAUAUUAAUAAAUAUCAUGCAUAAUUUGAUAUUCGAUGUAUAUACAUCUGUUAUGAAUAACUUUUUCAGUAAAGCAUAAAAACCAAACAUGAUACAAUAUAUUUAAAUUAGAUUUAGUGGGAAGUUAGGAAGUGGCUAACAAAGGGUUCAUUGAUACAGAUGGAUUCUGAAAUAUAUGUUUACUGUCCCCCAUUAACGUAGAAAACAAAAUUGUAUUUGAGUGUAAUUAGCGAUUGUACAAUAUUGCAUGGGCCUUAUGUCCCAUAUAAUAAAUUUACAGUGAUCCUUUUUAUAAUAUAAUUAAUAAGGUCACUAAUGAAAGACAAUUGUGAUGUCUAUUAAAAAGAAAAAAAUCCGAAGAAUUAAUGAGUGGUUUAGAUAUAAAUUGAUGGAAUUUACAACAUAUACGUACAUAAACAAUAUCGCUUAUAGCGUUAAUACAUAAUAACACCGUUGUAGUACUAAUGUGCAAUUUAAUAACUUAAGUCUUAUUGCGCAAGUAUUGUGUCGAAAUGAUUGUUAAUUAAACAUAAUUAAUCAUGGGUGUAAAAUAUUUUAAAAAACGAAAUAACCGUCUAUAAAUAUGUGUACAAUGAAUGACGCGCUAUAAUUAUCUGUAUAAUAAAAUUAAUUCAACCAAUAAAAUGCUCACAGCUUCGGUGAUAAUCCGUGAUGAUUUUAUAUAUUUUUCAAUUAAAUAUCUUAUUCACUUCCUGGACACAAAUUUUUUGGAAUUUACCAUAAGGUGACGACGAAUCUCUGAGCCCAUUGUAAUUUCGUAUCGUCGCUUUUUGCUAAACGUUUCCAUUUUUUACAAAUAUUUACUUACAUGUAAUCAAUUAAUUUUUUUUAUUAUCUCUUAAUGCAAUUUUGCGAAAUUCCUUUUUUUGCAACUUCAAAUACAUUCCAAGUUUGUCUGUUUCCGUGAAAUCAGAUAUAUUUAUAAUUAAAUAUUAAAUGUCUAAUAUAUUAAUAUAUCAUUGAACCUCUUUAAGAUACGUAUAAAAUAUGAUAAGAUACGUGCAACUGUAUAUUUUUGUAUAUUAGGUAAAAGUGGUCAUUGUCGAAUCGUGCUUAACUAUUAAUGUAUAACAAAAUAACCUAUAAUUACCUUGUACGCAUUUGUUAUACAUGGUGAGCUUACCUCUAGGCUUAUUAUGCACAACGUGAAAAUAAUUUUAAGAAACAUACGUUUAACGUCCUUAGUCGUUGUAACCUGUUUGUAAAUAGUGUUCUGUAUUCAAUAAAUGAAAAAAAAAAGAUGUAACGACUUAGGAGAAACUCAUCAA